CGCAUGGCCCCGCGUCCCCUGGCGCGGGCGCUGCCGCCGCUCCGCCCGUGCCGGUGCCGGGGCCCCGCCAGGGCCGCUGGCCGCUUCCAUGGCGGAGAGCGGCGCCUGGCUGCUGGUGCUCAGCGUCGUGUUCCUCUGCAACGCGCUCAAGAUCCUCCUGCCCUCCUGCUCCUCCGUCAUAUCCAGACUGCUACAGAAGGAUGCAGAGCAGGAAUCCCAGAUGAGAGCUGAGAUCCAGACCAUGAAGCAGGAGCUUGCCACCAUCAGUAUGAUGGAUGAGUUUGCCAGAUACGCCCGGCUGGAAAGGAAGAUUAACAAAAUGACUGACAAACUCAAAACCCAUGUGAAAGCACGAACUGCCCAAUUAGCCAAAAUAAAGUGGGUCAUAAAUAUUGUAUUCUACAUAUUGCAGGCUGCCCUGAUGAUCUCUCUGAUCUGGAAGUACUACUCUGAGCCAGUCACAGUGCUUCCAAGCAAAUGGUUGGCUCCCCUGGAGCGCCUGGUGGCCUUCCCUACAGGAGUGGCAGGAGGUGUGGGGAUUACCUGCUGGCUCGUGGUCUGCAAUAAAGUUGUAGCUAUCAUGCUGCACCCCUUCAGCUGAAUGAAUCCCAGCAAUCCACAGAGUCCUCAACUGCAUUUGCAUCAUCACGGUUUUAAAUUAAUUAAAAAAAGAAAUAAAGGGGAGAGUUGUCUUUCAUGAGACAAGGUCUGAGACAAUCCCUGUUACUCCACUUGGAUAUCAGUCAGUAUUCCUUUUGAUUUCUCUUCCCAGAGUUUGUCUUUCAGUUUUGAAAGAACAGCAUUGCUGGUUAUAGAACCUCAUUUUGGGUUUAUUCAUGGCAGAACCAUAAGGUUUUGUCAUGGCUUGUUGUCACCAACAUCUAAAAGUGUUGGAUUUGUGGUUUUAAAUUGGAAAUGCGCUGGCAUUAGGAAUCAGUUUGGGAGCUUGGCUGUUUCUUUGCUGUAAAAUGUGGUAGCUUCACCCCAAGGUGGGAUCAUGUCUGGUGGUGCCAGAGGGCAGAGGGAGGUGGUUUGGUUGGCUUGGGGCAAAACGGUUUCCUUGUGAUUUUUUUACCCCAAAAUUGGAAUAUUCUUGGGCUCUCCUAAAAAAAUAGAUGUGUUUAAUCGGGAUUUCAUCUCUUAAGGGGCUCCUUCAGCUGCCAAACACAGGCUGCUGCCAAUGAAGCAGAAGACAGUGCUGUUCCUGCAGAGGUGGUGCUGGUUUAGCUUCCCACUCUGGAAUUCCCACAGAGGAAUGAUCUGUUCUGCUGUUCCAGGGCCUUUGCCUCCCUGCAGGAAGGAAGGGGCCAGGAACCCUCCAAAAUUGGCACUGCCUUUAAAAACCAGUUCAAAAGGUCAUGUUGUGUUGUGUGUGUAUAUGGAUUAAAUGUUUUUUGUUUGGUUUUUUUUAUGUUAAUUUAAAAAUCGGGAUUUUGUAUUGGGGAUGCAUUUAGCAAACAUAAAAAUAAAUAUCAAGGAAAAAAUGUUGUGAUUGAAUGUGAUGUAUAAUUGUGAUUUUAUUAAGGAAAUAAAGCUUUUCAACCCA